AUGUCGUCAAUUGGAGCAAACUAUGCACAACUACAAGUCAUGCAGAAGAAGCAGAAGGAGAAGAUGAUGAAGAAGCGACUAGAGAAGGAGAGAGAUGCCGGCAUAGAAGCUGGAGAGGGAGACAGAGUUUCUUUGUCCGCUGCCUCUGGAAAGAGUGGUAACAGAAUAUUUCCGGUCAAGUCUUCUCCAUCGACGACAUAUGAAGUAGGAAGACAACAGUAA